AUGUUCAGGCCCGAAAAUGGGUCUAGCAUCAAGGCAGCAAACCAGAUCCAAGCCCAAACCCUCCACCCUGCCCAGCCAGCGCCAGCUGCUUCUGCUACCAACCUUGCAGAGCAGCUCGAUGACCAGGAGCGCCGUAGAUAUGUCAAGGGCAAGAAACUUGGUUCUGGUCAAUACGCCGAUGUCUUCUCCGCACACCUCGUCUCCGAUCCCACCCAGCUCGUCGCCAUCAAAAAGAUCAAGGUCGGCCCUGAAGUCCAGGAAUGGGGCAUCUCACACGAUUCUCUUCGCGAAAUCAAGUUCCUCCAGGAGCUGUCACAUCCCAACAUCAUCCGUCUAUUCUCCGUCUUUUCUACAAAGAACCAGAACCUCAAUCUCGUCCUUGAACAGUUGCCGCAGGGCGAUCUCAUGAAGCUGAUCCAGGAUACCACAAUCGACUACAACCCCAGCGACAUCAAAGCAUGGAUGAGCAUGUUGUGCCGCGCCGUCUGGUUCUGUCACCAAAACUUUGUCCUCCACCGCGAUAUCAAGCCCAACAACUUGUUGAUUGCCGCAAAUGGCGAGGUCAAGCUUGCCGAUUUUGGUCUUGCUCGAAGUUUUGCAGACCCUCACGCUCCCAUGACUUACAACGUCAUCACCAAAUGGUACCGUCCUCCCGAGCUGUACUACCAGGCCAACUUCUACUCAGGCGCUGUUGAUAUCUGGUCCGUUGGCUGCGUUUUUGCCGAACUCGUCAUUCGCUGGCCUUUCCUCCACCAGACCCCUGACGGAGACCUUGCUAUGAUAGGCAAGAUCUGCGAGCAGGUCGGAACUCCUACUGAAGACAACUGGCCUGGUGUCAGCAAACUGCGAGGCUACGUGCCUGUCGCAAAAGAAGAUGUCAAGCCUGUCAAAAAGCGUGCAGACUGGGAGGCCAAUUUCGGUACUGUAGGCCCUACAGGCGCAGACUUGUUGAUGCAAAUGUUUGCCCUCGAUCCGCGCAAACGUCCGACCGCUACACAGGUUCUUGAACACCCUUACUGGACUGCUGAUCCUCGUCCAUCACGUCUCGAAGAACUGCCUCGCCAGGGAGGAGGUCUGGACGCCAUGGGUGAAGAUCUCAAGAGACGUGGUGGCGAGCUCCCCAACACUAGAGGCGACAAAGUGGCUCGAAAGAUUGACUUUGCCUCUAUGAAAGGCUGA